AAAUGGCUAGCGAGGGCCACCUUUAAUUUAAGUCUAUGGGCGUGUCAUUGUUUUUGAACCAGGUUCUAUUUAUUAUCUAGGUUAACUCGUCUGAAACCCCUAGUAGGCUCUUCUCAUCAUCAAUUAACAUGAACUCGGUCAAUACUAAGCCAUACCAGCUUCCAGCAGACGCCCUCUGGUUCAGUAAGGAGCCUCUCUUGCCUCUAUUGACUAUGCUGACGAAGCAUAGUUACCGGGUGUUCCAGCGGCAUUGGUCGUGCUGUUGCUGAGUUUAUAGCUGCUAAGCCUGGUUAUCGUCUUAUUGCGACGGCUAGAAACCUCGCCAGCUUGUCGUACCUUCCAGACAACGACACUAUUUUAAAGCUGACUUUGGACGUGGCAUCUCCUACAUCCGUCGAACAAGCCUUUAAAACAGCGGCAGACCAUUUUAAAGAUCAAUUUCACAUAGACAUACUUGUCAACAAUGCCGGGUAUGAGUUGGCCGGCGAUACUGAGGCAGCAACCGAACAAGAGAUGCACGACCAAUUUGAAACAAACUUCUUCGGGAUCGUACGAGUGGCUACUAGGGCCACGAACGUGAUGAGAAGAGGGAACCGCGGUGGCAUUAUCUUCAAUAUGUCCUCUCUUGCUGGCGUGGCUGGGUUUCCUGGCUAUGCAUUCUACCAUGCAAGCAAGUUUGCUGUAGAAGGUUUCUCAGAGUCUUUCGCUCGGGAGUUACACCCAGACUGGAAUAUUAACGUUUGCAUCAUCGAGCCAGGCGGUAUAAGAACAGAGUUCGAACAUGGUAGCAAGAAAUAUACCGCGGUCCACGAGGACUACGAUGGUGCCGAUAUGCCAGCGCGUCAGCUAGCUGCCUGGGUGAAGAAGGCUUCUACCUCAGGCGGCGGCGUCCCGCCGUCUGCCGUAGCCAAGGUGCUAUACCUUGUGGCUAGUCGAAACGACAAAGUCCCUCUGUGGCUGCCACUGACUAGCAAUGCGGCCAGCUUGAUUAGAAAGAAGCUGCAGGCACGCCUCGAUAACUUAGAGUCGGUCCAAGAGCUCACGCCUAUCGAGACUAUGUAAGUCGACAGGUUGGGUUGAUUUAUUGCUACCUCUAGCGACCUGUACAUUGCUAGAUACCGUGAAAUGGACAAGGAUUUCGAGCUGUGAUUGGGGUAAAGCUGCUGUUUGAGAACGGGAAUCGAUACCUGGGUUCCUUUGCGGACCAAAUGGAAAGAGAGUAAACUGUUACCAAAGUCUCCUUUUUGCUGUGUGUCACGGAGAACAGGACCUCUGGAGAUUUUCCUGCCUUCCAUCUACCUAAGUUGUUUUUAUCUUUGCUGUAACUUACUUGACUUGGGUGAAUUGAGAGGCAUCCUUGUUCUCAAACAUCCGUUCAUCGAGCUUCAGAGAAUUCUAUUCUACUAGAUUGAUCGAAAAUAAUGCUCACAGGCUAACAACAGAUGUUAAGUCUGGGUAGUCGUUCUGUCCCUUAGAAAUACG